AUGGAGUCUGAUCAAUUCUCAUAUAUUCAGUCCCUAGGAAGUGACCGCUAUCACUUGCUUUCAUCCAAGUGGUUGAAGUUUGAAGAAGAUGUGGAAGAUGGAGGAGAAAGGUGGAGCAAGCCUUAUGUAGCUACUCUUUCAUUGCACAGCUUGUUUGAGUUGAGAAGUUGUAUUCUGAAUGGAACUGUGUUGCUGGACAUGCAUGCCAACACUUUAGAAGAAAUUGCAGAUAUGGUUCUUGACCAACAAGUGAGCUCAGGUCAGCUGAAUGAAGAUGUUCGCCACAGGGUCCAUGAGGCAUUGAUGAAACAGCAUCACCAUCAGAAUCAGAAAAAACUCACCAACAGAAUUCCCAUUGUUCGUUCCUUUGCUGAUAUUGGCAAGAAACAGUCAGAACCAAAUUCUAUGGACAAAAAUGCAGGUCAGGUUGUUUCUCCUCAGUCCGCUCCAGCCUGUGUUGAAAAUAAAAAUGAUGUUAGCAGAGAAAACAGUACUGUUGACUUUAGUAAGGGACUGGGAGGCCAACAAAAGGGGCAUACUAGUCCAUGUGGGAUGAAACAAAGGCAUGAAAAAGGACCUCCACACCAGCAAGAGAGAGAGGUUGAUCUGCAUUUUAUGAAGAAGAUUCCUCCAGGUGCUGAAGCAUCAAAUAUCUUAGUUGGGGAACUGGAGUUCUUGGACCGAACUGUAGUUGCAUUUGUUAGGUUGUCUCCAGCUGUAUUGCUUCAAGGACUGGCUGAAGUCCCAAUCCCAACAAGAUUUUUAUUCAUUCUUCUGGGACCCCUGGGAAAAGGUCAACAGUACCAUGAGAUUGGCAGAUCGAUUGCAACCCUAAUGACAGAUGAGGUAUUUCAUGAUGUUGCUUACAAAGCUAAAGAUCGUAAUGACUUGGUAUCAGGAAUUGAUGAAUUUCUGGAUCAGGUUACUGUUCUCCCUCCUGGAGAAUGGGAUCCAAGCAUUCGAAUAGAGCCUCCCAAAAAUGUUCCUUCCCAGGAGAAGAGGAAGAUUCCUGCUGUACCAAAUGGAACAGCAGCUCAUGGGGAAGCCGAGCCUCACGGAGGACAUAGUGGACCUGAACUCCAGCGAACCGGAAGGAUUUUUGGGGGACUUAUUUUAGAUAUCAAAAGAAAAGCUCCAUACUUCUGGAGUGACUUCACAGAUGCUUUCAGCCUGCAGUGCUUAGCAUCUUUUCUAUUUCUCUACUGCGCGUGUAUGUCUCCUGUCAUCACGUUUGGAGGACUGCUGGGAGAAGCAACUGAAGGGCGUAUAAGUGCAAUCGAAUCUCUCUUUGGAGCAUCCAUGACCGGGAUAGCCUAUUCUCUCUUUGGUGGACAGCCCCUUACCAUAUUAGGCAGUACAGGACCAGUUUUGGUGUUUGAAAAGAUUUUGUUUAAAUUUUGCAAAGAAUACGGGCUGUCAUACCUAUCUUUAAGAGCGAGUAUUGGACUUUGGACUGCAACCCUAUGUAUCAUACUUGUGGCUACUGAUGCAAGUUCCCUUGUCUGCUAUAUAACUCGGUUUACUGAAGAAGCUUUUGCUUCUCUAAUUUGCAUCAUUUUCAUUUAUGAGGCUCUGGAGAAGUUGUUUGAACUCAGUGAAGCAUAUCCAAUCAACAUGCAUAAUGAUUUGGAACUGCUGACACAAUACUCGUAA